UAUAUUUUGGCCACACUGUGACAAAAUAAAUACAUCAAUUCAGUGUGACCAAGGGCUGUCACAACAGCUGUGUAAUUUGUAUAUAAACACAUAAACUAAACGCACACACAAACGCAGCCACGGGCGCUCAGGCAGCUUGAUAAGUUACAGUUGAUUUACAGUUACAGAUCCAGCACGCAAUUCCCGGCCAAUUGAAACGAUUUAAAAAUCGCGAGUGGAAGAGAGCGGAGGCGACACCACCACACCAUCACACCAAACUCACACACGCGCAUACACAUACGCGCACUGUGGCAAGAGGCAGGGUUCUUUGUUGUAAAUUACCGUUGCAGCCACCCCCUCCAUUGGCCCCACCGAUCCGCAAUCCACGAUCCACCAGCCAGUUGCUUCCAGCCAGUGAUCCGAUGCAGACGUCUCGCUGAAAAGGAGCGCACAGCCAGAGCAGAAGAAGAACCAUGUCGGCGGUGAACCAGAAGGAGAGUCCCAGCCGGGACUCGACGGCUUCCACAUCCGGGCACAUCUCGAUGCUGGCGGACAACACAUUGGAGUCGCUGUCGCGGGACUACAGCCUGGGCAGCUUGAACUCGGCGGGCAGCCAGGAUGAGUUCUUUCGGUGCCGCGACCAUGCGGAUAGUAUGCUCAAGCGCAUGCAGUUCUAUGUGGAUAGUCAGCAGCUUUGCGAUGUGGUCCUAAUCGCUGGAAUCGAUGGAAAGAGGGUGCCCGCCCACCGCCUGGUGCUAUCGGCGUCGAGCGCCUACUUUUCGGCCAUGUUCACGGGAUCGCUGCGCGAGACCAAGGAGCAGGAGGUGACCCUCGGCGAGGUGCACGGCGAUGCACUGCAUCUGCUGGUCCAGUACUGCUACACCGGGUUCAUUGAGAUGCGCGAGGACACCGUGGAGACGCUGCUGGCCACCGCCUGUCUGCUGCAGCUGAACGCCGUGGUGACCGCCUGCUGUAACUUUCUGGCCCGCCAGCUCCAUCCAUCCAAUUGCCUUGGGUUCGCCUUCUUUGCGGAGCAACAGAGCUGCACCACGCUGCUGCGUCUGGCGCAGUCAUACACCUGCCAGUAUUUCAUGCAAGUGUGCCAGAACCAGGAGUUCUUCCAGCUGAACGCCGAUCAGUUGGGCAAGCUGCUGAGCAGCGAUGAUCUCAAUGUGCCCUCGGAGCAGGAUGUCUUUCACAGUCUGAUGUCGUGGGUGCGCCACGAUUCCGCUGCCCGUGAGCAGCACAUACCGGAGCUGUUGGCCCUGGUGCGACUGCCCCUCAUGCCGCCAGCGUUCAUUAUGGACCAUGUGGAGAACGUGUGCAAUGCCAACGAGUGCCAGCAGCUGGUAAUGGAGGCCUUCAAGUGGCACCUGAUGCCCGAGCGCCGAUCCCGGAUAGCCACCGAGCGAACCACGCCACGCAAAUCCACAGUGGGUCGUCUCCUGGCCGUCGGCGGCAUGGAUGCCCACAAGGGCGCCAUCAGCAUCGAGAGCUACUGCCCGCGUUUGGACAAGUGGACACCGUGGAAGCACAUGACCGGUCGUCGCCUGCAAUUCGGCGCUGCUGUUAUGGAGGACAAAUUGAUCCUAGUGGGCGGACGUGAUGGGCUAAAGACCCUGAACACCGUGGAGAGUUUGGACCUGAAUACGAUGGCUUGGGCACCGCUCAAUGCCAUGGCCACGCCCCGUCAUGGACUGGGCGUGGCGGUGCUGGAGGGUCCACUGUAUGCGGUGGGCGGUCACGAUGGCUGGAGCUACCUGAACACCGUGGAGAGAUGGGAUCCCAUUGCCCGUACUUGGAGCUAUGUGGCGCCCAUGUCCUCGAUGCGUUCCACCGCCGGCGUGGCUGUCCUGGGCGGUCGCCUUUAUGCGGUGGGCGGACGCGAUGGUUCCGUCUGUCAUCGCUCCAUCGAGUGUUACGAUCCGCACACCAACAAAUGGAGCCUUCUGGCGCCGAUGAACAGGAGACGCGGCGGUGUGGGCGUGACGGUGGCCAAUGGUUUCCUCUACGCCUUGGGUGGCCACGACUGUCCGGCCAGCAAUCCAAUGGUCUGUCGCACGGAGACGGUGGAGCGCUACGACCCAGCCACCGAUACCUGGACUCUGAUCUGCUCACUGGCCUUGGGCCGGGACGCGAUCGGAUGUGCCCUGCUGGGCGAUCGCCUGAUCGUCGUCGGCGGCUACGAUGGCAAUCAUGCGCUGAAGAGCGUGGAGGAGUACGACCCGGUGCGGAAUGGAUGGAACGAACUGGCGCCCAUGGCUUUCGCAAGGGCCGGCGCCUGUGUGGUGGCGAUUCCGAAUGUCAUACCGCCGGCGGCCCAACAGCCGCCGCCCAGUGCUACAAAAAAGAAGAAGUGGAAGCCAGUGAGAUUGGAUCCAAUCUGCUAUAAUAGGCGUCCCAGAUCUGUCGAGUUUGUCGACUACUAUAACAUGUAAAUGCUAGACAGACAAGACAACAAACAAAUCAAACUAUAAACAUUUAAGCCAAGCUGCAAAAAACACAAGUAAACUUGUCAAAAAGAAGAAAAAAAAAAAAA